CGAAAGCUAUAAUCGCAUGCUAUGACAAAUCUCAUGAAUGAUUUGCGGCAAUCUAAUGACAGAAUCUGCCAGUGUUGGACCCUAUCCAAAAUUGAUGGUGUGUUCUCGACGAAAAUGUUAAUGCGCGCGUUCGCGCAACGACGAGCGACGACUGCUAGGCGUAUCCCGUAAAUCAAAUUGCGAGACAUGAUUUAAUGAUUACACGAAGAUAAUGUACGCGCACUACGACGCAACAGCGAGUAAUUGGCCAGUUAGACAAUCAAAAACGAUAAACUGUAUGGAGAACGAAAGUAUUCUGAGUAAAGAGAAUUUGUCAAAGCGUACCAACGCUGACCAACAAGAGAAUGCAACAAAAACAGAACAUCGCUCUCCCGUUGAAUUAAAGAAUUUCACAAUCAAAGAUACGUCGAAAAAAAACGACAGAUCCACAACAAAGAGAAAAACUUAUUUUUUAAGCGAAACAGCAAAGAGAAGCAAUGUAAUAUUAAAAACGUCAGACUCUUUUUCCAAGGAAUGCAAUGAGAAAAAAAAUAAAUCGAUUCAAAACCUUAAAGAACGCGCGGUCGCGGAGACGGUUGUUGUUGAUCAACCUGGGAAAAUGCCCUCGCUUCCGAAUCAAGUUCUCUCCGAUGGAUCAAAACGCGAGAUUAAAAUUCCAGGAAAAAUCAACAACGCGGCGACGACAGACACACGUCUGCCACGUCCAGUCUGUGACAUAAUCGGCAAACGGGAGCAACGCCGAGAGGAAUUGAAAAAAAUGGAAGGAGAUCUGCGACAGCGGCUAGACAUGCUUGAAUGUUCGAUGCCGGCAGUAAUGAUGUGGAAUAUCUGGAAGAUGUCGGAGGGCGCGCCGGUCUGCAGAAUAAAACGUAUCCUAGAGAAGCAAUUUAAAGAUGCGAGAGAACUUUCUUGUCGUAGCACACCGAGCCGCCAUUACGAUUCCAGGAUACGAGAUGCCGAGGCUGAGAGGAAACUGGCGUUGAAUAAAGUGGAGGAAGCGCGAAAUCUUUGGUCGGAGAAGCUCGUCAAGUUGGAAGAGAAGAGACGAAAACUCGAGGAAGCAAAGAGGAUUCAGGAGGAGCAGAAGAACGCGAUAGAACGUUUGAGCAAAGAGGCGAAGAUGUUACGGGAGGAAAUGGAAAAACGGGACGUGGAUGCGCAGCAAAAUGGAUCGUGUCAAUACGGCGAGUGCGGUGACAUGAAGUGCAGGCAAAGAUGGCUGGAUAAGACGUUACGCUUAUCGAGCGUAACGUCUAUCGAGUCUGGCGAUAUUCAGUGUUUGGAGAAGAUAGAACAAUUAGCGGAAGAGGAAGUUAUCAUAAAGCGAGAUAUUGCCGAGUUAGAACGUCGCGAGGAAGCUUACAUGAGAACGCUUCAGGAUACGGAUGAGUUCUGGUCGAAAAUGGAAGACGAAGCGGUUACUACGACGAAAGCGUUGAAGGAACAGUUGGAUAUGAAAACCGCGGCUAAUCAACAGAUGGCGGAUCGCGUGUGCGAGUUGGAGGACGCGCUUGAGAAGUGUCGCAAGAAAAUGGCCGAAUGUAGGACGCAAUUGGAGAAGUUUCUGAGUAUUGAGAAAAUCGAGGCUACAAUAGGUCGCGACGAUGACGUUGCGGAAGUGACAGAUAAGGAAGUUGUGGUGAGAACUAGGGUCGUGCAUCGACCAAUAGGUAGAGUGGACGACGUAGCAACGGUGAAGGACGACGAAGUUUUGGUAAGAGCCGAAGUCGCGGACAAGGAGAUGUUUGCGCGACCCAUCGUAGUCGACGCCGAAGCGGAAGUGACUUUUGUCAGGGACGAUAAGGACAUUACGGUUAAACCUGAUGUAAUUGAUCUCGCUGUCGAUCAUCCGGCGGAUCUCGUGGAAAUCAAAGACGAGGAAAUCGCAGUUCGGCCGGAGGAUCUUCCUUACGAGCAGCAAAAACUCAAAGAAGUUCGAGAAUAUUUAGCCCAGUUGAGCUCGUUAGAGGAACUUUACAAAGAAGGUGAACCUUGUCCGCCCGAUUUCGUCUGCAAUGACGUGGUAAAAUCGCCUACCGGCAUGACAGACGAAGAACUGAUUGCGUUAGGUUUGGAUCCUGCCGCACCGAUCAAAAAAAUUGAUAAGAAAAUUCCGACUGACGAGGAACGAGAGAGACAAUUUCGAGAAGAAUUUGCGAAAAAAGCGAAUCAUGUCGUUGACGAUAUUAAAAAGAAAGAAGAGAAAACGAAUGAAAUUCUCGAUGUCGAAACCAAGCAAGAAUUUGUCGAGAAAGCUGUAGAACUAACAGCUGUUGAAACGCCUGUUAGAGAAAUUGUAACGCGUCCGGCGAUUUCAGAAAAAGUUACGGACGAUAGUUCGAUAACAAUGCCGGAUGACGUUAAACCGGAAGUUAAAAAGAUCGAACAAGACAUCGUAAUACAACGAGAUACAAUUCUAUCAUGGAUCGACACGAUCGAUACGAUUCGCACAAAAACAGCGAAACACCCUAACUGUCACGCAGCGAAACAAGAUGCUGAUACCUUAGCCGAACAGAUUGGCGUGUACAUUGGGAUAAAACCUAAAGAAAUAGACGAGAAAGACGUGACAACAAUUACAAUAGAAAAGGAAGACAGAGAUACGAUAAACGAAAUAAAAGUAAAACCUGAAAUCGAAACAGAAGAAAAGUUUGAAGAGAAAAACGAGAUCAAGUUUGUGUCGGAAAUCGCAACAAAAUCUACAAAUGAUGUCAUUACCGAAGUACAAGAAAAAAUAUAUAUCAAACCUCCAAUUGUUGAAACAGAAAUAAUGGAAACAACAAAAGUGACUGCGGAAGAAGCGAAAAGUGUAGUCGCUAAAGAAAUAAUCGAUUCAACGGAAGUAAAAGCGCCAAACGAGGUGGCAGACGUAUCAAAAGAAGCAAUAACAGACGAAGUGUCAAAAGAAACCGAUGAAAGUAAACUUGCAGAAAGUAAAAAUGAAAUAGAAAAAUUGAAGGAAACCCCGCAACUAAAUAAAGUUAAAACCAUAGAAGAUGCGACAUCACGCGUGGAAAUCAUAAAAACGAAAGAAAUUGCAGAAGCUCCACCUGUUGUGGAGAUAAAAGAAAUAGAACGCGCUGAUAUAAAGGAAACGAUGCCAAUCAUGGAUGAUUUCAAAGAGGUGAAAGAAAUUGUGCCAGAGACAGUGUCACCGGCUGCCGAGUUAGAAAAAGAAACCGAGAUAGAAAAAUUCGAGCCUGGCAAACUUUCUGUUGACACCGAAAAAUUAUUGACCGUCGAUGUGGCAGAAAAACAAAUUAAAGUUGAAGAAUCUUCGCAAAUUGUGAAAGAAAUAGAAGAAAAAAAAAUUGAAAUCGAACAAAUUUCGAUUCCGGAAGCAAUAGCGACAGAAAAAGUCAAAAUCGAAGAACCGGUACCGUCGGAUGUAAUACAAGAAAAAAUUGAAAUUGCAGAACCACCACCGAAAGACGAAAUUAAACUGGAAGAAGAACCAUUUCCAACUGUGAACGAAGUAACAGACAAGACUGAAAUAAUUCAACCAGCGACAGAACCUCCUCCUCUGUCAAUAAUAAAGAAUGAGGAGCAAGAUAUAGAACAGCCAGUGCUUGCUGAAGUAAAACCCGAAGAAAAAGAAGAGAACGAAAAAAUAAAAGAAACGCCGAAAGAAUUUAUUGUCGAAUUACCCGAAGAAGAGACAAUAAUAGAAAAACUUGAAAUGAUUCAACCAGUGACGGAAUCAUUGCCAAUAAUAAAAGACGAAGAUCAAGAGAUCGAAGCGAUGGAAAAACCCGCGAUUGAACACGUUAAACGAGAAGACGAAAAAAUAGAAGUAAUAACAAAAGAACUUAUUUCUCCUAUCGAAUUACCCGAAGAAGAUAAAGUAAUGGAAAAAAUCGAAGUGAUUCAACCAGUAACAGAACCACCGCCAGUAAUAAAGACAGAAGUGCAAGAAAUCGAAGCAAUGGAAAAACCCGUGCUCGAAGCGAAACGAGAAGAAGAUAAAAAAAUGGAGGAAAUACCAGAAGAACUUAUUCCGCUUACUGAAUUAACUGAAAAAGAAAAAGAGGAGGAAAGAACGGCGAAGAAAGAGGAAGUACCGAAAGUUAUUCCGCCCACGAGAUCAUUGGUGGAAGUUAAAAAAGAAACAAUACCAAUAACAAUACAGGAAAAAUCAGAAAUCGUCGAAGCGGAAAAGAUAACACCGACUACCGAGACAAAACCGAUGGAAGAAGGAAUGCCAGCGUUACAAAUCGAUCUUCGGGUAGCGCCGCAGCAGUAUUUUAUUAUAGCGAAAAUACAAGAAAAAGAAGUAAUACAAAUUCUACCCGUAACGACACCGCAAUGUAUGGCAUGUUGUUCGCGACCACCGGUCGAGACCACCGCGGAGCCAGUCGCGAUUACGCGAACCGAAGUCGUUCAAACUGAGGUCAAACAGGUUGCCGAGAUCGCGCAAACAGAGAUCACGCAAACUGAGAUCGUGCAAACCGAAGUCGCUCAAACCGAGAUCGUGCAAAGCGAACUCGUACAAAUAUCCACGCAAACAGUUUCGCAGAUCGUCGAAAUAGCGCCGCCGACGCGAAUUAUCAGCGUAGAGUAUUUAAAAUCGUCCGAGCUCGAAACCGUCGUCGAGUCGAGCGCCGAAAUUGUCGGCGGCCGUCCUGAAAUAACUGGCCGAAAAAUGCUCGAGCACAAACGCUUGAAGGACCAAUCGACCGUCACGACCGCCAGCACCGGGUCACAGACGGUUGAAACAAGCCACGUUAGCCACGAGCGAGCCGUAAGGGAUGAAAGAGAACGCGCGAGAGUGCCCACGAGUGAACUUUUGCGAGCUCUGAAAAUCGCCGCUCAACGAACGCGGCUGGACACAGAACGUGAGAUUAGAACGAUUAAUUAUGGCAAGUCCGACGAAAUGGUCAGGCAACAUCUCUGCAACUGUUGCUUGUGCGGCAAAACUCCGUCCUCGAUGUCGUCGUCAAUAAAACCCGAACUGCAGAUUCCGCAGAUUGAUACGAAAAUCACGAAAUCUCCGACGGCAGCUGCGUUGAAACGAACUUCCCCCAGAAUCGAUUCGGUUAUAUCGUACGACGGAAUGUGUCCCGAUUGCAAAGCCAAACUUCUGAGCAAAAUGAGCGAGAAGAAGCGUAAUAUCGAACAGAUCAUUAAAGUAAUCUCCCGAAAGAAAAGAAUAGUCGAAAAAAGAGAUCAGAGUUGUUUAGCGAAAAUAUCUAAACGAAAGACCGAUUCCGUGAAACAGAAAAGUAAAAGUGAUUUGCCCGUGACUUUAGAAGACACCGAUAAGUCGGAUAUAAAACCGUUAUCCUCGAGUUGCAUUUGUUUCAAAACCGGUAAAACCGGUGUAGGUCCGACGAGAAAAGGAAAUUGUUAUUGCGCGGAGUGAACCGCGCGUAUCACUUGUCGGUUAAUCAAUCAUUAUAAUUGUUUGGAAUUUGUGUGUCAUAAAAUACAUCGCGUGAA